AUGGCUGUGCAAAAUAUAGCUGUGAAGUUGUGCGGUGUGCUACAAACGCAAAGUGAACAAGUGGUAACAGCCCGAGAAUGGCGUCUUUUAGGCCAAGAGCAGCAUGGAUCACAAAUCUUGAGUUGGGUGUCAGAUAAUAAAGAUAGCAAGGAGGUUUUAAACAUUGGAAUAUAUACCAAUAAAAAUAAGACAUUGAUCAUACUGCAUACAUUUGAAGAGAAAUUGAACAUAAUACAGGCAUCAGUAAAUGCUACCCAUACCUUGAUGGUGUACAUUGUGAAGAAACUGCCAAGUGACAACUCUGAGAUUAAAGACCCAUUAUACUGUCCGUAUUUGAUAUGUCUAUUGCCCGAAAGUAACAGGACUCCAGAGGUAGUUGAAGAACCUUCAACUAAACAGAUCAUGAUUCAGUAUGUUUAUGGUAUUAAAAUAUAUCGCACACCAAUGUUCCUGAAUGAAUGUGACGAUGGCACUGAUAAAUGGGGUUUUGAUGGAAUAUAUACAGAACCUGAGAAAAUUGUUAAAGUGUUCUCAUGGGCACAAUGGGAUUGUGUCAAUCAGGUGUUAUACUACAUCCACUACCGCCAGUCGUCACAGAGUUUCGCUGAAGGUGAAGAAGUUAAAUCGCCAUCCGAGAUGACACCGACGCUGUCUGCAUUCCAAUUUCACGCGGAUUUGCCACACGAGACUGUUUUAAACAUCCCCCUGAGUCUGCCCCACGUGUCGAGUUCAGGCGAAGGCGCCGCAUGUGGCGCGUACGAAGACGAUCCGAUACCGCUGCGCGUGCACGACUGCAGUCUCGACCUGCAGAUAGUGUGUGACCAACGAGGGAUCUUGUGCAUUUGUCAUCAUUACUUGUAUAAACCGCUAGACGAUUCAACAACCUCCCUCGUAUUGGAAGACAGUGCAGACCUGAAAGACUCGGGCGUGAACUUUGCAUAUUCCAUAACUCUAUUACAACAUGGCUGCGUGGUGCACACUGUGGUACCUGAUCUCCCUUGGUCUUUAGCGAAGUCACUGAGACCAUCGUAUACUUUGUAUGACGAAAGCCAUCUAUUAGUGAACAUACCUAUGCUGUACACCCAGCUAAUCGACAUCAGCCUGCACCACGAACCAUGCUGCCACAUAAUUAUACCAAUGGAAGCGUGCGAUAGCGGACCUUCCUUGGCACCCCUGCUGGGAUGGGGGACUAACGCCAUGGUAGACCUGAAUACCUUGGAUGUAGUCACCAUGGUAGUAGCCGAUAAAGACCUUACGUCCACGUUUAAGACGAACACAGCCAUAGAAAACAAGCUGGCGAUCCUACAUUAUUUAAUUCAGCACGAAGGGAAUAUGGAUUUAGCUGAAACGCUGAUAUCAUGGAUGUGUCUGAACCAACGCGAUGGCUUCGGCAGUUUUCAGCGAGUGAUGCAGGAGUACUUGAUAGGCACAACUUAUGCGGUCACACGACGAUCGCUCCCGGCGUCAGCGCUCAGUCUUAUGAAGAUGCUGCCAUUCACGCAACACCUUAAGUUCGCCGAUGUGAAAGUCCGCGACACGUGUGUGUCGGUGAGCCAGGAGAAGUUGUGGAACAGUUCGGUGGUGGUGCUUGCGCCUCGUCAGCGCGUGUGCCAGUUCGCGGAGGACGUGUGGACGCGCCUGUGGGCCGCGCUCAACGAGCCGCGCGCCACCCGCCUGCAGCCCGGCGCCGUGCUCGACAAGCUGCGCGUCAGCCUGCACUGCUACCAGCCCGAGGCGCUGUCGCGCUGCAGCACGCCGCUGUCGCCGGGCGCGGCGCCGCCCCCGCUGAGCGCGCCGCAGCGCCGCUCGUCCAUCGGCAGCGCGCAGGACCUGCUGCCCUUCUUCGAGCUCGACGUCUGCACCGCCAGCAAGCAGGAACACAUCAUUGCGGCCAACCUACGAGAAGUGAGCGUGCACCUAAUACGCGAGUGUUCUGGCGGCGGGGGCGGGGCGGCGCGCGGCGUGGAGAGCGGCGUGCACGCGGUGGCCACGCGCUGGGCGGCCGCGCAGCUGGACUCCUCCCGCGCCCUCUGUCGAGCCCUCACGCGCCCCCUGGCCGCCACGCCGCAACACAACCAGCAACGAGGCUUCUCCUUUAUAGAUGAAAUGGAUCCAACACACGCUUUCAUAGUAUUCAAAGUGCUGGAACAGUAUUAUUUGGCGGCGGAUUCAAUAGCGUUCCCGUUGCCGCAGGGGUUUAGUUCGUUCUUCACAUACCUCGGCUAUCGCACACUUCCAUUCAACUCGUUCAUUCAAUACGUUCACAGAAAUGUAUUUGAACUACAAAUUGAUGUUAUGAAAGCAAUUAUCGUGUGCAAGGACGACGACAACAAGAGGCGAGUGGACAACAAGCUGCGGCUGAUCCAGCUCGUGGGCGAGGGCCGGGCGCGGCGCGCGCUGGCGGCGUGGGGCGGGCGGCGCGCGGCGCUGGUGCUGCGCGCGCGCGACCACGCGCACGCGCUGCUCAGCGGCGGCCACGCGCACCCGCACGAGCACGAGCGUCACCGACCCGUCGGCGACUCCGGUCUAGCGGCAUUACCCUCAGGAGAGCGACUCUCUCCACUGGACACUUUUCUAGACCUCUUGACUGCUAAGGCGAGUCUCAACGAGCUGGACUUCAAUCUAAUCAUAGAGGCAACUCUAGCAUCCGUACAGCAGGAUGCCAAUGCCUAG